AUGGCUUUAUGUUCUCAAGCAUUUAGUACUUCUACUAAAAGAAGUUGUCAUUUUAACGCCGAUUCUAUCCAUCCUAUCAAAAGAAUUUGUCCAUCCUCAUCAUCAUCUACUACUGUUGUUGCUGCUGCUGCUGCUGCUAAUAUUGCUACUUCUAGUUCUUUUACUGCUGCUCCACGUCGUAAAAAGUCGGUUUGCAUCUAUUCAUCUUCUGAUGAAGAAAAUGAUUCGGCUGAUGAACAAAGAUGUUAUAAUGCUGAUCAAAUUAGAGCUAAAAGAAGAGCUUCUAGUCGCAUUUCAUUCUCGAUGAAUUCAGAAUUAUCAAGAGCUAUUUCUAAAUAUAGUGACGAUGAAAGUGAAGAUGAAGUUGAUGAUAAAUCAUCUUCAAUGGUUGCAGCUGUUGUUGCUAAUCAUUCUCGUCGUAAUUCAAACCAUAUUAAUGAAGUUAGUAAUGUUGAUUCCGAUGAAGAAGAUAAUGUGUUUGAUAAUUUGGAUUGUAAAUUAACUUCAAGUCCAAUUUCAAGUCAUCUUUCAUUAAAUAUUAUUAAUCAUACUAAUAAAGGUGGAUUUAUUCAAAUUUCAGAUAGUUCUAAAAGUACUGGAUCUUGUUCAAGAAGUAAUGUUCCAGAUACUGAUAAAUCAGCUAGAUCACGUUGUUUUGAUUAUUUAGUUGGUGCUAUUGAUGAAGCUUGGGCAAGAUACUGUGAUGCUUCAACUCAUGUUGAAGAUGAAACUUAUGGUUAUGUUACUCCAAAUUCAGUAGCUACUGAUGAAGAAGAUGAUUAUCUUAAUAAUUCAACUGAUUUCACUGAUUAUGAAGAUUCUGAUUUUGAAUUUUCCAAUCAUCACAAACAACAACAACAUAAUCAUCACCAAAUGCAAUCUCAAUCAUCAGCUCGUCCAUCGAUGAAACCUACCAUGUCAAUGACUUCCAAUGUUUCUUCAUCCAAACAAGAUCCAGCUUCAUGUCAAUUACUGGCCUUGAAGGAUCGUUUAACCAAAGCUAAAUAUUAUUUGCAAGAUUUGGUUGAUUCUGAAGAUGGAGAAGAUGUUAACUCAUUUUGGAAACGUUGGGAUAUGAUUAAAUAUGCCACCAUUGAAUUAGUUGAAGAUGAUGACGAUGAUGAGAUUGUUGAAACUACCAUUGACGAAUUAGAAAAUGGUCGUUUAUUUGUAAAUUAG